AUGGACGGCACGUUUGACGAUGAAGCUGAGCCGGCCGUUACAAUCGGCGAAUACCUCGAUGAAGUUGAGGAACGGGAACUGGAGGCUGAUUUAGUUUUAGGGGGUGAUGAGGGCAAGGAGUGUACCUUUAACAAAGGGUACAUGAAAAGGCAGGCAAUUUUCUCUUGCCUUACCUGCACUCCAGACGGGAAUGCUGGAGUUUGCACUGCUUGUUCGUUGGCAUGCCAUGAUGGUCAUCAGAUUGUGGAGCUAUGGACAAAAAGAAACUUCAGAUGUGAUUGUGGGAAUUCAAAAUUUGGUGAAUUCUACUGCAAGAUUUUCCCAAAUAAAGAUAUAGAGAAUGCUGAGAAUUCAUACAAUCACAACUUUAAAGGUUCGUAUUGCACAUGUGGUCGUCCUUAUCCAGAUCCAGAUGCUGAAGAACAAGUUGAGAUGAUACAGUGCUGUCUAUGUGAGGACUGGUUUCAUGAGGAGCAUCUUGGUGUUGAGUCUUCUACCGAGAUUCCCAAAGAUGACGAAGGUGAGCCAAUGUAUGAUGAGUUCAUAUGUAAGGCAUGCUCUGAGGUAUGUUUCUUUCUAAAAUUAUAUCCUGAAGAUAUAUGGGCAGCUGGAAAACAGUCAGAUGCUACAGUCCAAAUUAGCAAGGACAAAGGUGUUUUGGAAGACACGACUUUAACUUGUGGGUCUGAAAAGCCAAUCUGUGAUUCUUCAUAUAAUUCUCCUAAAAUUGACGAAGCACAAGCUGCUGUUGAUUCUAAAUCUAUAUCUGAGGGGAAUAGUCCGUGUCUGAUAGGAAAUGUUAAUAGCAGUAUGGUCUCAAAUCAAAGCCCAAAAAGCACCAAUUUGCAUGUUAAUUGUCUCCUUGGUGUUAACAUUGUUACCGCUUCCCCAGUUUUACCUGGUAAACCAAUGUUCCUGUCCAAAAAUUGGAGAAAUGCUCUAUGCAAAUGCGAUAAUUGUUUGGAGUUUUACAAUCAGAAGCAUAUUGCUUUUCUACUUGACAAGGAAGACUCAAUUGCGGAAUAUGAGCAAAUGGCUAAGCAAAAGAGAGAAGAAAAGUUGCAGCAACAAGAGGGUGCUGAGUUAAGUUUUUUUAACAAACUUGGACAUGUAGAGAAAGUUGAGAUAUUGAAGGGCAUUGAAGAGAUGAAGGACGGGCUUCGUGCUUUCCUGGAAUCUGCAGACUCCUCAAAGCCAAUUACUGCUGCUGAUGUCCACCAGUUUUUUGAUGAGAUUAAGAAUAAGCGUCGUCGUGUACAGUGA